AUGGCCCUCUUUGCCCGCGCUGACACGGGUGAUGGACGGACCUUCCUCCCGCUAUCAUCUCUCGCCCUCAUGGACUCUUCAAUCUAUUUGUCGCACGCCAUGAGUGCGCUCCAGACGUGGACCGUCCCUUCGGCCGUCUACUUUAGGCCGCUGAUGCUAUUUGUCGCCGUAUCAUGGCUCUUCUACCGAGCUUACCAGGUGAUGAACAAGCCACUACAAGAGCUGGCUACACUCCUUGGCUUCGACAUCCCGCCCACACCGGUCGUAGACCUAGCAAGCAUCAAGGCCGACGGUGCUAUUAUACAUUGGUCGCUCCCUGAGAAACAGACGCAUCGAAGCACUCUUAAAUUUGAGGUACAUCUCAACGGCAAUGUCAUUGAUACCCUGUCUAUCAAAGAGUCCGCUGCGACCAUCACCGGUCUGCAGCCGGGCUGCUUUUACGUCGUGAGGGUCGCCCUGGUAAAUAACAUUGAAUUCAGCUCCAAAAGUGCUCCCAUUCGUUUUCGCACCAAAUCGGCGAGCUCUGCGGAUUUCUUCGUCCCAACCGCCGACGGCAACGAUACCGACCAUGAUGCCGCCCACGAGCCUAUGCCGCGGAUUAGGCCCUACCGAGGAUUAAAAGACAUCACGCCGGCGUCGCCAGAUGCUGAGCUCAUGGUGCGAGAGGGGAGCAAUGGGCUUAAUCCGCGCAGGAGCUUGAAUGGCGGAACACGGCGACGCUCGUCGGGACUGGGAAUUGAUCGAAACGAGUCCGCCCCGGAUGCCAGCGAGCCGCCAGUCGAAGGCAUCGAGACCAUUCAGCGACUUACUGAGAGGCUGGAUGCGAUUCGCAGAGAGACGGACGAAGCGGAGCGGCAAGCGAAGGAGGAGGAUGAAGAUGAGCUGCAGCAGAAGGAUGAGCUGGUCAAAGAGAGGGAUGAACUCAAGGCGGAGGCAAUGGAGAAGGAGCGUGCAAGUCGGAAUCUCAAGCGGGAGGUCAAUACGAUGGAGCGUCAAAACACCGCUGCUCAGAAUGAGCGCUCAAAGCAGGAGCGGUUGUUGGAAAAGAAAAAGCAAGAUCAUCAGAAGCUCAAGGWCGAUAUGAUCAGAUGGGUUCGCGAAGCCGGGGAGAUGWGACUCGAUGUGGACCGCAUUCAGCAGGAGAAGGAGGUUCAUUUGAAGAAGGUGGAGGCUGACAAGGAAGCUCUCAGAACCCGCCAGGCGGAGGAGGCGGCUUUGAUCAAAGCCCUCGACGAUGAAGUCAAGGAGAAGGGCACCGAGAUCAAAAAGCUGGAACGCACCAUGAAGAACAACUCGCCAGACAGUGCAGAGCCAGAAAACAACAUCUUACAACAGAUGCAGCAAGACGCAGAAAACUCCAGGAUGUGGGCGAUGCAGUACAGCCAGUUGCAACAAGAGUAUGCUGCGACGUAUCAAAAGAUGGAGAUUGCAAAGCGGUUUUAUUUGGAGCAGCAGGCUUUCCUUGAGACCCUCCGAGCGAAGAGAAGGCAGGAGGAAGCGUCGACCACUUUCAAUCCGCCAACCGCACAGGAGCGAACUCUUCGAAGAGGUGACAGUCAGCGAACACAGCAGAGCGGACCCAGCUCUACGGACAGCCCGCGCCUUGCAACAUUCCCACUCGCUACCAGUUCGUUUGGUCCCGGCGUGACAACUACAGCAUCAAUCUUUCCCAGCCAUUCGUUUCUCAACUUCUCGAACGGAAUGUCACUGACUAAUCCCACCGACGACAUGGACAUGACCGACGAGGAACGAGAGAGAAUGACUGGUGGUGCUUUGAUGAGUCCGGGUGCCGGCGCGAGUCUUCUUCCCUCGGAUUUGUUUGGAGAUGGCGACAACAGGCCCGAGUUUACUGCUCCGCUACCCGGUCUUGGCUCUUUCCCUGGAAUGCCUGGCCUGCCCGGGCUGCCCGAGUCCAUGCGACAUGUCCUUGCAGAGCACCCGGGACCAGGACCAGCUUCGCCUGCUUCCGCCAGCAGUAGAUCGCCAAGCGUAUUCGCCAGUCCUCAGGCCAGCCAGCAGAAUCUUCACAUUGGGUCACCAGAGCAGGUUGUCGACUCCGAUCGGCGCUCAAUUCGAUCCACACGGUCCAACCGCGCCACAAGCGGCAGUGGAGCUGGUAGCCGAUUUGGAGGAAUGUUCGGCAUCAAGCAGCGCACCAAGACUGUUUCUGAUGUUGACGACGGACUGGCGCUGGGAAAGGCGUCAAGUCACUCUAUGCCACGGCAGGAUCAGGGUAUUCCUGGCAUCGAUUCCUCCUCUAGGAAGCGGAAUAGCAGCAUCUCAGGGACAGUCUUCAGCUGUCUGGGAAGCGAUGGUGCUCUGGAUGCUCCGCAGCAGGCUGCCGCUUCCCGCCGAAGCAGAGGCUUCAACCUCUUUGGCAGCAAAGGCGACGGGUGGCCCAGCUUCCAUAAGCGGCCAGCUUCACCACGACCUGGAUCCACGCACUCGAACGAAUUACCUCGUCCGUCUUCAGACAGUACCCGCUGGAUGCCCGACGCAUGGCCUUCCAGUGACGCUGCUGCAGGUGCUCGAGGUAGCCCUCUCGCUUUUGGUGCAGGCUGGAAUCCUCAGCAGCCGGGCCCGUCCCGUCUAUAUGGAUCCCGUCUCCCGUCUAGAAGACCAUCGCAGCAAUACGGCAAUAGCGGCCCACCAGCAGAUAUCAUGGAGGAUGAGGAUUCCGAUGCCAUGUCAACCCGUCGAGCCCAUACACUGGGCGCGAUUGGCACCAGACCUCCCGCUAACUUUUCAGAUUCCAAAAGCGCUGUCCAAGAGGCUGCAGUGGAGGAAGAGGCGCCAAAACUCAACCCCAACGCCAAAGACUUCAAGUCUUUCUUUAGCAGCAUGAAGCUGAAGUCUAGGAACCCGGAGUCAGGCGUCUUGUCUACCAUCGCCUCGGCAUCUAGCACUGCAAACAUCGACAAGGGAGACUUUGAGGAACUCAGCCCACCUGCGAGCCGCAGGAGCAAGGAUACACGUGACACUCGAUCAAUGACCACCACCUCCUCGAUCGGCGAGUCUGGAAGAAACUCUCUUACUGAUCUCCAGAGGACAGUGAGCUUCACGCCCUCCGACGCGGCGCCACCCACUCCUACUACCCCAAUGUUGGGCUCAUCGACCGGCAAGGAAAGUUUCAUGCAGAAGCUCUCCCGCAAAUCUAGUUCGGGUGGGAAGUUCGCAUUGCCAACAUUCACCAAACGGGAUAGGUCUCGUUUGGACACUGGGAAGGCUACUGGUAGCCCUGUGCUGCCGGCUGAUGAGAACAGCGAGUACGAUGACCCACCUCCCAGUGCUGGCUUGCGGGAGAGGAUGAGUCGCGAUAGUGGGAGUGCAAGGGGUUGGGGAAGCGUGUUGAAACUUGGCAUGGGGAAGAAGACGGGUGGGGAGACUCCUAGUGUUAGUGGAUUGAGCAUUGCGAGUGCAACGGGGACGGAUGAUGGGGAUUCUAUCAAAGAGGAGGAUGGAAAGGCUGCUGUGGGGCUGGGGUUGUAA